AACAUCAUGGCCAAUAUUUUCGAUUUAUAACUUCAUGGCUUCAACUAUGCAUCAAGUUAUGGGAUUGGCCAAACCCGAGAUUUGACCAUUAGUUUGGACGAUCAAUAUCAUUGAUUAACGGUCAACUCGUCAUGUCAUUGCCCAGUCAGCAUACACCCACUUAAAAUAUUCACAAAAUCCACAUACUACCAAUAUCUGUAUUAUGACUAAAAUUGGAGGAAACAAAAUCCGAUGAUGCAACAAGCAAGCGCGCUGUAUCAUCGAACUCGUUGCUCGACAAUCGGUACCUCAGCUUGGACCAGAGGAGGUAGAUCUCUUUUCCUCAAUAUCUUGAGUAUAUCGAUCCCCCAGUCGCCAUUUCCCGUAGCCUCUGUCUCCAAAGGCAGCCUGUCUUCAGAACUAGUAAUCGCGAUUUCCCCAACCGCUCCAACCUCCGUUUUCUCUGGAAUCCUUUUUGUCGAUUCUGCCCGCCACUCGUCACCAUCAUCCUCUUCUAUUGAAUUAGUGUAAGUGGCGAUUUAGAUUGAAAAAGUGCCUGUGGUGACUUGUAGAGAUUGUCGGCGAACCAAAUGCAGAAGUCGAUCAAUUUGGCUGAGAGAAUCAGCGACUAGAAGUUAAGUGGUGAAGAUGGUGACGGAGAGCUGCGAGUUCGAGUUGGAAUUAGGCGGAGGCGGCUUUGGGGAGAGAGGGCGAGGAGGGUUAAGCAUAGAGCGGGAGGAUAGAGAUGGCUCGAAAGACUUAGGGUUUAGAAUUGAGAAGGGAGUUUGAGAAUUUUUGGGAUUUCUGGGAAGAAGAAGAUAAAGCAGAGAGCGGAGAGAGAGAUUUCAAUUAGAUGGGUUGGAUUGUGGGAAAGUGAUUGGAGGAUUAGGUUUGAGGGGGAUUGACGGAAGAAGGGUCAACCGAGAUGGCGAGGAGGACAACGGAGAGGAGGAACAAAUCGAUGGCAUCCAUUUUGGGGAGAGGGGAUAUGAUAAGUAUUUAGUUUUUUUUUUUCGUUUUUUAUUUUUGGUUUAACUAAGGUAUUAUAUAAUUUUUUUAAUUUAUAAUAAUUAAAUUAGAAAUAUGUGAAAAUUGUGAAUAUUUUAAAUAUUUUAUGAUGACUUGACAGUGAUGUGUCGGGUUGACCGUUAGUCAACGGUCUUGACCGUCCAAAUUAACAGUCAAAUCUCAAGUUUGGCCAAUUUUGUAACUUUGAUACAUAGUUGAGACCACGAAAUUAUAAAUCGAAAAGAUUGGCCAGAAUGUUUAAUAUGUAAAAAGUUUGGAUCAUACAAAUAUAUUAAUCCUUUAUAUUUCUCACGAGUUAUAAGUAUUUCUUUUGACCAAAUUCUAACUCGUUCCCCUAAAAAUAUUUCAACUUUUUUGCAACAUAUCAAAGAUCUUAAGACACGAUUGUUCAUAGAUGGCGCGAUCACAUUUUUCAAGAACUUCAUACGGGUUGUGUUGGGGGUAUGGUGAAAAGAAGCCCAAAUAGAGGCCCAAUGAGACUUGGUAGGGCAUCAUCAAGAAGGUUAGCCCAUUAGCAAGGCCAGGUGGGCCAGGCCCGAGUGUGAUGAAGGGAGUCUCAGACGAAACUUUGAAGAGUCCAAAAAACUAUGGAUUGUCUGCGGUCCCCCUGGUCGGGUGCAUAUUAUGUGUCGGAAGACUGACACAUUGGUCGGGGCGCCCAGUCGACAAAAGUAGAAAGCAUUUAAUGUGAUGCUGACAUGGAGCUAGUUUGAAGAAGCCCGAUCAAGAGCUGGGUAAGUAUAAAUAGUAAGUGGUAGGUGACAUUUAAGUGGGUCGGAUUCUCUCACAAACACUAGGGUAAUGCACUUCUCUCUCUAGAACUCGAACUAAUUUGAGCGUCGCGGGAUUGACGGGCCCGGGUGCCCCCCUCUGUUGUGCCUUGUGUGUAGGUGGGACAACGAAGAAAGAGUAUGCAAGGAGCAAGAGCGGAGGAGUUCGGGGUCCUGGUAUCGCAGCUCAAACAGGUUGGUUAAUUUGUGUAUGUUAUAUCAUAUUUUCAUUAAUGUUAGUCUACUAGAAUGAUCGUUAUUGUAAGAUCACGAUUCGAAAAUGAUUUAUAUAUGAUUAUCUCCACCCGAACAAGUUGUCAGCCAUAGUUUUAUCACACAUUCACCAAGGUAUUGAAUUAGAAUAAACGAGUAUGAAAGGUUAGACAACAAUUUAUGAGAUUGAGGGUCAUUUGAUUCGUGGAUUUAGAUGAUUAAUUUGGUACCAAAAUAAAAUUCAUAAAGGAUUUAAGGGAAAUUCAUCGUUUGUUUGCAGUUUUUAUAAGGACCAAAUCUGUGGGACUCAUAGAUUUCAAGGGUCCAAAUUCGUGGAUCCCACAGAUUUGUAAAUCCGUAAUAUUGAUGUGGGAUUUGGAACAUGCCACAAAUCCAUAAUGGGGUUUUACCCAUAUGCCCUCGUAAAAUUUUAAUAUUCCAAGAUUGACCUCAACUUUACCUAUUUUACAUUAUAAUUAAUCAAUUAAUUAGUAAUAAUAUAACUAUUCAAUUAAU